GUGGCGGUGGCUUAUGUCGUAAGUCGUUUUGUCUUGUGUGGUGGCGUUCGUUGGCGUUAGUAAAUUAAAUUUCAACAAUAACUUUUAAUUGAGGGCAAAGCAGCGGGUUGUGAACAUUUUCAGAGUUUAUUGAUAUUUAUGGAGUGGGCUGUUGGAUUUAAGGAAUAAUUGUUUUAGAUCACCAAGUCUCUACCAGCAUUUAUUCGAACAAGGAGGAAAAUUGUUGUUAUUUAACCUAACACUUGGAAACAAUGUACAACAUUAUCUUUUAAGAAUAUAACACAAAAGGCUCAGUUCUGACAGGUAUUCUCGAAGUUUAAUAUUCCUCAUAGUUUUUACUGAUCCUAAGCCAAGAUGGAGAUGGGUGAUAUGAAUAAUCUCGAUCGUCAAAUUGAGCAACUAAAAAAGUGUGAGAUUAUCAAAGAAGCUGAGGUUAAAGCACUGUGUGCAAAAGCAAGGGAAAUUUUGGUUGAAGAAAGUAACGUACAGAGAGUAGACUCUCCUGUCACUGUUUGUGGUGAUAUUCAUGGUCAGUUUUAUGAUUUAAAAGAGCUGUUCAAGGUUGGUGGAGAUGUGCCAGAAACUAAUUACUUGUUCAUGGGCGAUUUUGUGGAUAGAGGCUUCUACAGUGUUGAGACGUUUCUCCUUCUCCUCGCUCUGAAAGUUCGUUAUCCAGAUAGAAUAACGUUGAUAAGAGGAAAUCAUGAGUCUCGUCAAAUCACCCAAGUUUAUGGAUUUUACGACGAGUGCUUGAGGAAAUAUGGCAGUAUAGCUGUGUGGCGAUACUGCACCGAGAUUUUUGACUAUCUAAGCUUGUCUGCAAUUAUUGAUGGAAAAAUAUUUUGUGUUCACGGAGGACUAUCACCUUCCAUUCAAACACUGGAUCAGAUCAGAACAAUUGAUAGGAAACAGGAAGUUCCUCAUGAUGGUCCUAUGUGUGAUUUGCUGUGGUCUGAUCCAGAGGAUACUCAAGGAUGGGGAGUAAGUCCCCGAGGAGCUGGUUACCUGUUUGGUUCAGAUGUUGUUGCACAGUUCAAUGCGGCCAAUGAUAUUGACAUGAUAUGCAGAGCGCAUCAACUUGUCAUGGAAGGCUACAAGUGGCAUUUCAAUGAAACUGUGUUGACCGUUUGGUCUGCUCCCAACUAUUGUUAUAGGUGUGGGAAUGUUGCAGCUAUCUUGGAACUAAACGAACACUUGCAGAGAGAUUUUACAAUAUUUGAAGCUGCUCCUCAAGAAAGUCGAGGUAUUCCAUCAAAGAAGCCACAAGCCGACUACUUUUUAUGAGAGCAAGCAUUUUUUGAAGAGUGUAUGGACGAUCUAAAAAAGAUUUAUGAAUGCUAAAAGGAUUUCUAUCAGUAAGAUGUUAAGUUAGCCUUUUUUAUAACUUAAAAGUAUACGUUAAUUUAAAAGUGACUCAGUGAGUGUUGUGAAGUUAUCAUGUUAGUAACUUAACUUAACCUAGAUGAGAAACAGAUAUCAGUAGCAGGCCUACAUGUAGACUGUAGGCCUAACUACAGGUUUAUUCGUGAGACUACAUAUUAAAUUCAACCUACAUCUUCUUCUUCUAUGCCUACUGUACCUAAAACUAUAUUAUUGGCUUUCAGUUACAUCAAUUUCUAUCGUCAAUUCUGGUCAACAGUUACACUGAGUCAUUUCAAGUCAUCAUCAUCAACCCUUAUCAGCUUGGAAAGACACUGGUCAAAACAUGGAUAAACAGUAUUAAAAACUAAUGAUUGUAAGUUAAUAUUUAGUCAUGAGGAAAUCCUAUUUAGUGUUCAUUAUAAAUCUUGUAUAUUUUUUAUGUAUUUUGUAUCCGUCAUGAAUCUUUUAAGCAGUUUUAAAUCCAUAAUUGUAUAUUAUAUAAACAAUGAUGUGUCUCUGGCAUAAAAAAACUGAAAAUUAAAUUCAAAUUGUAGGCUAUGUGAAUUUGUGUCAUUUUUUAGUAUAGAAAGUAUUUAAAUAUUGAUAGAACUAAAACAUUAGAAUAAUAGCCAUUUCCUGGUUUUUUGUACAGAUUAAAUUUUUUUACUUGAUUAGCCACUUAAAAACUGCUGUGUUGCGAUAAAGUUGGGUUAUUUUACAUAAUAGUAUACAAAUAAGAUUCCCAUUUAGAUAGACCCUAAAACUCCGAUUAAGAAGUUUAAAUUUUUCAAAUAUUAUACUUUAAAGCAAGGAAAGAAAUCCAAAUGGCAUAAUUCUAGCUUAACACUCUAUAUAAGUUGAAACCUUGUAUUGUAUAUACUAGCUUUAAUUUUUGUGAAAACUUUAUCCUGAAGUUAGUAAUAUCAUUUUCUCCCUAACAAUUGCAUUUCAACUAGAUAUUAAGUUUCAAUAUUAUAAUUUUGUAUAUUUUGAUGGUGAGACAAAUAAAUAAAUUUGAUUGAAUGGUA